GUGUACCCAUUUUUGCUGUUACCUGUGGAGCUGCACUAUGUUCGAUAACAAUAGCUAAUAUAAACGUUAUUCGUUACUUAUGCUCGAUGACAACUGCGCAUUUUUGCGUUAUUCGUUGCACGAUAACAGCUUAUCGUUUUCCGCCAACUUUUUACGCGCAAAGUUUUUGCAAGUCUACCAAUUUGAAGAAAGUUAUAUUAAUAUGUCCAGAAAACAUCACAGAAGUAUAGAUCUAACGCCUGAGAGUGAUAAGAAUGUAAAACGCACCUGCGCCGAACGUAAUCAACAGUCUGCCAUUAGUGAAAGCCACUUUUGGCCCGACAACGAUGCAAGUUUUUUCUCAAAUGUCAAACUGGAGGAUAUUUUUAAUGGAGCUGGCGUAGUCGAGACGGCGCCUUUCAAUAGCCAGGCGAGUGAUAACUUUCAGAAGAGCGACUCCGACGAUGCCCUCUUUCGGGACAUACCACUUUCCAGUCCCGAUACGCUGGCAAACAGCUUUGAGGAAAUUGAUUUAUAUAAUCUAAGCCGAAAUGAGAUAGACGACAUAUUCCACGGUGCCGAAGACUAUAGCGAACCAGCGGCCCAGAAUACGCAAGCAUUUAUGGAUACGAUUUUCAAAAUACCCAAAACGCCAGAGCGCACAUUGAUAGCGCCGCCGUUGGGAAUCAAAGACGAAUCGUUCAUUUCCAAAUCAAUUUUGGAGGGCAUAGUGCAAGGCACACAAUAUGAGACAUGUGAGCAACUGAGGGACCGCAGUAUGCCACAGACACAGCAGGAGCCAGAGAACGUGGAUAAUAUGGACUGGAAGUCACAGACUUUUGCUGACUUUCAAGUUAAAAGCGAGACGCCCAUCCUAACCAGCAAUGAACUGCACGAAAAACUAAAGGUAGAGAACGUGGAUAACCUGGACUGGGAUUCGCAGGCUUUUGCAGACUUUCAAAUCAAAAAUGAGGUGCCCAGCCUUCCCAGCAAAGGCAGCUUUUAUGGACUGCCUGAGAAGGUAAAGCAACUGAUAUUCGAGCACAAGGGUAUUAAUAGCUUGUAUGAAUGGCAGGAUGAGUGUCUAAACCUGCCGGCUAUACGAAAGCGCAAAAAUCUCAUUUAUGCAUUGCCCACCAGCGGUGGCAAGACCUUAGUUGCCGAGAUUCUUAUGCUGCGCGAGCUACUCUGCUGCGAACGCAAUGUGCUUUUCAUACUGCCCUAUGUGUCCAUUGUGCAAGAGAAGGUGAGCGCCAUGGCGCCGUUUGCUAUAGCACUGAACUUUUUAGUGGACGAGUAUACGGCUGGCAAAGGCAAAUGCCCGCCAGUGCCGCAGCGCAAGCUACGGACGCUUUUUAUAGCUUCAAUUGAGAAAGGAGCCGUGCUAAUGGACAGUCUCAUUGAUGCGGAGCGUCCGCAUGAGAUUGGUUUGGUGGUUGUGGACGAGCUGCAUUUAAUAGGCGAGCGUGGUCGUGGCGCCACCUUGGAGGCAUUUCUUACAAAAGUUAUGUUUCUUAAGGCCAAUAUACAAAUUGUUGGCAUGAGUGCAACAAUUGGCAAUCUAAAUGAGAUUUCCAACUUUCUUAAUGCGGAUGUUUACACACGUGGCUUUCGACCCGUGGAACUGCGAGAGUACAUCAAAUGUGGUACAGAUGUGCUAGAAGUUAAAGCAGCGGGCGCAACGCUUGAGGAGAUGUUUGUGCCCCAACGCACAGUCAGCUUUAAUUAUAGCCCUGAAGUACUGCGCGCUGAUCCGGAUCACCUGGCUGGGUUGGUGUGUGAAUGUUCGCCCGAGCAUUGCUGUCUAGUGUUUUGUCCCACUCGCAAGAAUUGCGAGAAUGUAGCGCUGCUUUUAAGUCGCAUUGUGCCCAAGCAAAAGUUUUUGGAGCAUCGGCAGAGCGAAAAGACGGAUCUUAUGCAGGCGCUGGAUCAAAUGUGUGGCAUUCUUAGUCCUGUGCUGGCUAAGACAUUGCCCUAUGGCAUUGCCUAUCAUCACUCUGGCCUGACCACGGACGAGCGCAAGUACAUUGAGACAGCAUAUCGCUUUGGCGUCAUUACUGUCAUCUGCUGCACAUCGACGCUAGCAGCUGGAGUUAAUUUGCCAGCAAAGCGGGUUAUCAUACGUGCUCCAUAUGUGGGCCAAGAGUUCAUGACGCUUUGUCGCUACAAACAGAUGGUUGGGCGCGCCGGACGUGCCGGAUUGGGCGAGGCGGGUGAGAGCUUUUUGAUAAUACAAAACAAAGAUAAUCGACAGGUGGGAGAUAUGCUCUUCUCGCCUAUGGACAAAGCGUUAAGCUCCUUGGAUCAAUUCGAUGCUGUGGGCUUGCAGUCUCUCAUUCUGAGCGUUAUUGGCUUGAACUUGGCUGACUGUCGUCGCGAUCUCAUACGUUUGGUAAAUAGCACGCUGCUGGCUGUGCAGGCGGGCUCCAUGGAAAUAGCUGUGAAUGAUUUGGUCCUGCGUAUAUUGCGCGAUAUGUUCAAACACAAGGUGCUGGUGCUGAACGAAAGUGCACGUAACGACAAAGCCAACGCCUCGGAUAUUGUAACUACGCAGGACAUAAAUCAAAGCAGUCGCUCAACGACUACAGAUCGUCGCUUGUUUGUUGGACAAACCACACGCUUUAAACUCACCAGCAUUGGACGUGCCGCCUUCAAGGCGGGCAUUGAUUAUAAGCGCGCCUUUGUCAUAUACAGAGAACUGCAGGUGGCCCAGCAACAACUCAUACUUACCAGCUAUGCGCAUCUGCUUUAUCUGAUAGUCAGCUUUAAUUCCAACGAACGUGGCGAUGAGCUCUUUGCUGCCGAUGCUGGCAUACUCUUUGCCGCCUACACUGCUCUGCCCGCGCAAGAGCAAUUGCUAUUCCAUCAGCUGGGGUUUACUGAAGCCCAAGCAGCUCGCCUGGCCAAAACACAAUCGGUGCAAGGUCCACUAGCGCUAAAGCUCAAUCGCCUAUACAAAGUGCUUAUACUUGCGGAGAUUUUAGCGUUGCUGCCUCUGCCUCAGGUGUCCAGCAAGUACAAAGUGGAGCGUGGCACACUGCAGCAGCUCAUCAACCAAUGCACAUCCGCCGCUUCGGCCAUCGUGCGACUCUGCGAGCAACUCGACGAGUUCUGGUGCUACAAAGCGCUCUUUGAGCGCAUAAAUCAUAAAAUGGAUCGCUGUGGCACGCAGGAACUGGAGCCGCUGCUCGAGCUGCCCGCUGUAAAAAUUAAUCGUGCCAAACAACUUUAUACAGCGGGCUAUCGCAGCAUUGCCGAUGUGGCCAAAACACGUCCCAUGGAGCUGGUCAAAGCUAUAGAGUUUAUGCCACUUAAAGUGGCCACUGAAAUAAUCUCAGCGGCUAAGAUAAUUUUAAUGAAAAAAUUGGAUCAUCUGGAGGAGGAAACCGAGGCGCUUAAAAGCUGCCUGCACACAGAGUAGAAUUUGUUUAUAGCAAUUCAAAGUGAGUUGAGUUUUUUGAUUUGUUUUUGUAUAUAGUAUAUAUAUUUGUUGUUUAAGCACUCGACUUGAGCUUAGCACAUACGUAUAGCUUAAAUAUUGUGCGCAUAAAUUUGAUUUCACUUGUUUUAUAUUUAAUUUAAAUUAAUUUUAUGUUUAAUCUUUUUUAAAUAGUCCUGCAGUGGGGCGGCUUACAUUGAAUUGAGAUUUAGUUAACUUUUCGG